CAUUUUUAUUUAAUUUAGACCAGCAAUGGCUGGUGUGCAUUCGUAGUUUUUCGCCGAUCAGGUCGAGAAUCGAGUAAUUUAAUAACAGGGCAUAGCUUUUUUUUUUUCUUUAUUCCUCUUAUCCCGCACCACAAAUCUUUAAAGAUGCAUUCCAACAACGUCAACGAUCCUCGGCGUCCAGACAAGAUUGUCAGGUAUAAAAUCCCAGCGGCUGGAACGCCUGGCGACGACCCGACGCCGGACUACAUGAAUGUGCUCUCAAUGAUCUUCAGCAUGUGCGGUCUCAUGCUCAAGCUGAAGUGGUGUGCCUGGGUAGCCCUAUAUUGCUCCAGCAUUAGCUUCGCAAACUCCAGGGUCAAUGACGACACCAAACAGAUCCUCAGCAGUUUUAUGCUGUCCAUUUCUGCUGUGGUCAUGACAUACCUGCAGAACCCACAACCCAUGACCCUCCCUUGGUCAGCAUGAAGAAGAGGUCAGGAGAGCUCGGAAAUAAAUGGGUGACGACCGCUCAAAACAA